AUGCCGCUCGCGCGUCGACACGUGGCGGCGGAGGAGAGCUUGGCAUCACCGAGCGUUCUCCGCGCAGCCAGCAGUGAUGACCCGCGGGGGAUGCUGGAGGGCGUGUCCAUGGCGUGCCUCGUGGGCCUCGUGAAGCAACUGGCUCUCCUAUCAGAGUACGCACGUCCUCCUCCUUCCACUCCGCGCAUCGACCAACUAUCCACCUGCGAUCCACCAACAAAACAAUUCCCUGCUAUACGUCUCAUCCCUUCCACAACAUCCCCUUCCCUGCCCGCCUCCCCUGUUAUCGUUCCCGGUCUCGCGGCGGACCUAGCGGAGGUGGCGUCGCGGCGGGAGCAGGUGGCAGCGCGGGCGCGGGGAAUAGAGUCGGUGGUGGGGCGGAUAGAGGAGCGCAUUCUCAAGGACAGCCACCCGCUCGCACUUGCGUACACGCCAGGCGUGCGAUGGCGCGCGCACGUGCCGACGGCGCAACGGGUGCUGCUGUCCGCCGACCGCCCGCUCGUCAUCGUCACCGCGUACCAGAACGCCGCGCCCGCGCCCCCCCUGCAUCGCCUUCACAGGCUGUUGCCCUCACCGGCGGGAGAUCUUGCGGAAGGGGAAGAUAGUGGCUGUGGGACCAGGGCGGUGCGGGAAACGGGGGGUGACUGGCGCGCAUGCGAUGACGCGGAGAGACGAGGGGAAGAAACUGCAGGCGAGGGGAGCGAUGGAGCUGGCGCCAUUGAAGGCGGGGACUCCCGAGCCGCGCGGGCGGCGGAAAUCCUGCUGCAGUUGGAGGAAGGCGCGGAGGACGCAGAGGAGCACGUGCAAGGUGCCCAUGAGUCGCCUCGUACCACACCUAGGGCGCAUACCCGCGAUAGGAGAGCGGAACGGCAGCAAGGGCAGGGAGAGGAGGUUGUGCAAGGGAAGGUGGAGGUGCAGGAUGGUAUUGGAGAAGGGGAGAUGGCAGGUAGCGGGAGGGAGGAGGUGGAGGAGGAGGAGGCAAAGGGUGAGGGGCAAGAGGUGCGCUUGCGUUCGAGUGGGGACUGGCACUCCAGCGAUGGGAGUGAGACGUUGGACGAGGGCGAGAAAGGCGCGUUGGAUGCGCAUGUUGAAAGGGAGGAAGCAGCCCAAGUGGACUCUGACGAGGACGAUGCUGACGGGAUGGACGAUGAGGAUGGGCAAGGAACCGGAGCUGCAGCAGCGUCCCCCUGCUCCUCCGCGUCCUCGUGCUCAUCUGUAUCUGGUCGCUCCAUGUCUCACUCCGUGUCUAAGUCACUCAAGGACUUGUCCGUGCUGCAGCAGAAGCUGAGGGCGCAGAGGGGUGAUGUGCAGCGACUGGCGGCUGACAGCAUGCAGCUGCAGCAGUGGCUGGGCCUGCAACCGCACCAAGUGCUGCUCUCGCCUUCUGCCUCUCCAAGCACCUCUGCUGCUGCUGCUGCUGCUGCUGCUGCUGCUGCUGCCACUGCGUUCGCCCCGUCUGAUUCUGCUGUUUCUGCUCCGUCUGAUUCUCUCUCCAGCGGACACCAGCACGGCAAGCAGCCUUCUGGCACUGCCGAGAGCUUCAGCACAGACAAGGCCGAGCAACCACGCGUACAGGAGAACGAGCAGGGGCAUGCGCAGAAGGGCGAGGGCGAGGGCGAGGGUGAGAAUAGAGCCAGUCAGGGCAGCAAGGCGCAGGUGUCCCCUCCCCAUCGUGCUCUUCCCCAUGCUCACUCCUUUGCUGCUGCCUCUGCUGCGUCUCCCUUCUUUCUGCCCCACCCACUCGCCCCCUCUUCUCCCCCUCAACUGCCCUCUGCUGCCUCAGCUGCAGUGGCAGAGACACAUGAGAAGGAGGCGGUUGAAUCUGCUGAUGCUGCUGCCUCUAUUCACCCUGGUGCAAGGAACAGGGAUAUGCCGCCUGCCUCCAUACACACUCCCUCUCACCCCCGCAGUCGCACUCACUCCCUCGCUUCCCCUUCCUCGCCCUCUAUCCUUCCCGUCUCGUCCCUCUCAACUGUCUCCCACGGCAAAGCCCGCUCCUCCCACCAGCACACUACUACUCCGCACUCGCCCACCACAAGCUCCAGCCGCCAGCGUACAGUGCCACACUCCCCCGAUAGGACCACCGCUCACAUCCCCAGCUCUGUCCUCUUGCCUGUGGAUACCAAUGCCACGGGUACUGUGUCUGCUGCUACUGCUGCCCCCCUGCUAUGUGGCUCCACACCCAACGCACCUCCUCGCACCUCCAUGCCCUCCAGUUUUCCAGCAGACCCCGCCUCUGGCGUCUCAGCUGCGCUCACUUCGCCCUCCACCCGCCAACCCAUGCCUAUGCUCUCCCCGCCCUUCUCUGCUGUGCCAGCUGCUCCUGGUAGCUCGUCAGCAGUGCCUCUCACCUCCACCCGCGGCAGUAGUGGCACACUCACAGGGAAGCCAGCCCCUGCUUCACUCACCCUCCUCCCGCAUGCCCAACCUCCCUCCUCUCCCCCCCGCCACCCUGCUAGCUCGCCCUCCGCUGCUGCAGCCACCAGCAGCACCAUACCCGCCUCUCCCAACACCACUCCCAGCUCUUCGCUCAGAAUCACCUCUCCUCCCCCGUUGCUCUCCACUCCUCCCUUUACCUCCGCCCUCCGCUCCCCUCACGCCAUUGCUAAGGCCCGUGCUCGUGCCCUAGCGCUCGCCAACUCCCUCUCACUAGACCCUCCGGCUCCGCCUGCUUCUACUGCUGCUGCUGCUCCUGCUGCUGCCGCUGCCGCUUCUGCUUCUGCUGCUGGCCCCAGCAGCAGCAGUAACAGCAAGCACACACACCCCAACGCGCACACCCACGGCAGCAGCACCAAAGCCCCCCCUACCAGCCCCUCAGAAGCUCGCUCUCGCAGCCCUGUUUCCCGCCGCACCUACCAUCGGCACCGCAAGUCCCCCCCUGCCUCCCCCCGCGCCCUGCGCUCCCCCGCACACCCUGUUUCGCCCCAGCAUGAUGUGGGCGGAGGAGGGAGGAGGAGCAGGGUGGGGGGGAAGAGGGGUGGCCCAUCUGGGCAGAGAUCAGGGGAAUGGAUGGGGUGGGAGGAGAGGGAGGGAGAGGAGGGUGCUUGGUCUAAUGCUACUGAGAUGGCACGAGCGCAAAGUGAGCAGUGGGAGAGAGAGAGGGUGAGAGGGAGUGGAGCAGGGGCAGCAGGGAAGAGAAGGGAUUUGGGAGUGAAUGUGGGGGCUGGCAGGCGGGUGAGUGGUGCAGGCGAGAGGGAGAGAGAUGGGGAUGGUGGAGCGGAGGGGCAGAGGCAGCAGCUGAAGAAGCAGCAAAGUGGUGACUUGGAGGUGGUCGGCAUAGGGAAGGGGCACAUGGAGAGCAUGCGAGAUGGUGGUAGAGAGCACACAGGAAAGAGGAGAGACGAGAAGUUGCAGCAGGUGCAGCAGGUGCAGCAGGCCAAUGGGCAUGAGAACAAGAGAGAGCCUUUGGUUAUUGAUGUCAAACCCUCUCGCAUGGCUGCUCGCCUCCCAUCCCCAUCUUCCCUCGCACACACCUCACCCAAACCCCACACCUCAACAGCCUCGCAUUCCUCUCCUCAACCAUACCCGUCUUCACAAUCUUACCCGUCCUCCUCCUCACAGCCCCAGUCCCUCGUGCCCCCUCGCUCCCUCCCCUCGCCCCCGAACCAACUCCCUACCAGAGACCCCAGCCCCAGCCCUCUAGCAGCAACGACAGGGUCUCUGGCAGUGGCGGCGGUUUUAGCCAGGGUAAACUCUCGGUGCAUGUCGAUGGGGGCCCGGUCCCUGCUCAGCCACCUUCGAGCCCCCUCUCUCAAAUCAAAGCAGCUGCCAGAAGUCUCUCCCCUCUCCGACUGCAUGCAAAUGGGCGGGCUUCUGAGCAGGAAAGAAGAAGAAUGCCAAUUCGCCUCUUUUCACCCUCUUGAACUUGGCUGGGCAGUCGUAUGUGAAGCCAGGCAUGCUCAAGUUUGGUACAACAUUCAGUACCCGAUUCUGUACGCACCGGAGUCUCACAAGAACGCCAAGGAGUUCAACUGCGUGCAGAGGGCGCAUCAGAACACCCUUGAGGUUCUUCCGUCUUUCCUUGUGUUCCUCGUCAUUAGCGGCGUUGCGUACCCGUGGACAUCCACUGUGCUUGGGGUUGUUUUCCUGCUUGGGCGAAUUGGCUACUUCCUUGGUUACUCCACUGGCAGGCCUGAGGCUCGUUACAAUGGAGGUUACAAUCUCGGCAUCGCCGAGGUCGCGCGGUCGCACGCUGCGCCGCCGCACUCGUCGCUUAUCGUCCGAUCGUCCUCCCUGGGCGCAUCCAACAUGCACCCCCUCUCCACCUCCCGCAGCCCCUUCCUCUCCGGAACAACCCCCGGCGCAGCACUCCGCGCGCGCCGAAACGGUGGAGCGGCAGCCGCGGCUGGCCCGGUGAAGGUCGAGGGGAACCUGUGGGACGACCUGCAGCGCGCGGCGACGGGCAAGGAUGCGGGGAAGGCGGACGACCUCGACAAGGGGAAGAAGAAGUAUGGCCGCGAGACCGUGCAGUACAAGCCGAACCGCACAGUGGCCGGGCGGAAGAGCGCGGGGAGCGCAGCUUCCGGCGGCGGAACCACCUUCCUUAGCAGGUCCCCCAGCGCCUCCGCGCGCAAGGGCACACAGUACGCCGUGCGCGGGCCUGCGGGGAAGUCAAGCGGAGGCACGCAGCUGGUCGUGCUGGGGGGGAAGGGCAAGGACAAGGGGAAGGGGGCGCGCAACGGGAACGGGGAGGGCGGAACUCAGAAGCUGCUGGCGGAAGUGACGUCGGGCCUGGGACUAUCGCUGGGCGGCAGCGGCGGCGCGCAGAGGGACGGCAAACUGGUGUUCGUGGUGGGGGCUGGCAGCAGCGUGGGCGCCGCCACUGUGAGGGAGCUCGUGCGCCUGGGGUACCGCGUGCGCGUGCCGGCCAACGAGGCGGACGCCGCCCAACCGCUGCUCGCUGACCUACCCGAGCCGCCCAAGGGUCUCCUUGACAUGUUUCUCCCCGGCGGCGGCGCCAGUCUCCCCGCGGUGGAGUACGCGGAGGCGCUGGGCGCGUGGCCGCUGGGCGCGGGGGUGAUCGGCGCGGAGGACGCCAUGCGCGGCGUGGGGAGCGUCGUGUGCGUCGCGGAUAGCCUUGAGACUAGCGUCAUCAAAGCGGCGGAGGAGUUGCAGGCGCGGCGCUUCGUCCUCGUGCUACCGCCCAUCAACAACCCCCUCGCCAAGCUGUUUGAAGCGGCGUCGUGGCAGGCCAAGGCGGAGCAAGCCCUUGCUGACUCCGCCCUCGACUUCACUGUCGUCCGCACGCCUGCCAUUGUGGAAUCUCUCCCAACAGACUCCGCCGCCCCUACCCCCUCCGCGCCUGCUGACUCCGCCUCUCCCUCCGCGUCCCCCUCCUCCCCCGACGCUCCCCCCGCGGCCUCCCCCCGCGUGGCGCUGCGCCUGGGCCCCAACGCGCGCGGAUCCAUCACAGAAGGCUGGCCCUCUGGCGCUAUCUCGCAGAAACAGGUGGCGAGGGUGGUGGCGGGGGUGCUGAAGGAGGGCUCCCCGCGACUCAAGCGCCAAGUCGUGGACGCCGUGGUGCAGCCGUCCGCGUCCCCCCAGCCCUCCGUCUCCGCGCUCAUUGACUCUGCGCUCUCCCAGGCCGCCGCUGCUGCUAAGGCUGCUGCCAAGCCUGCGUCUGCUGAGGCGCCUGCUGCCCCUGCUAGCCCCAAGUUCAAGCUGCCAGCCAUGGCCGUGCCUGCUGCCCUCACAGGCACCGGCGCACCCAAGAGUGAAGGCAAGGAGACCAAGGCCAGCAGCAAGGACGCAGGCAAGGAGCAGGAGCAGGAGAAGGAGAAGGAGAAGGGUAACGGGACAGUGAAGCUGAGUCUCAAGGAGGCAGAGAGCCUCCUCUCGCUCUUCACCAAGCCCAGGGACGCGCCUGCAACGGAGGAGCCUGCACAAUCCGCGUCUGACCCGGUAGCACGCGCCCAGGAGGCUGUGGCCAAGGCGCAGCAGCAGCUCGCGCAGUCCCUCUCCCUGGCCUCGCUGCCCUCCGCGUCUGGCACCACCAAGGGCGGCUCGCAGCGCGGCGCGACUGGGACCGUGCGGGGGGGAGUGCAGAAGAACGACGGGGUGAAGGCGGGCGUGCCAAGGGGCGGCACCAAGGUGAUUGACAAGCGUGCGCAGCGCAAGAGCGUGGCGGGGAACGCGGCGCAGAGGCAGAGGCAGCAGCGCGCGCGCAAGGCGGAGGAGGGCGAGCAGGGGGGGAUUGAUCUGCUGGGGUCGUGGGUGCAGGGCAUCCAGUCGUUUGACGGACAGCUGCCCUCUGGUCCAGUCAAGAAGCAGGCUCCUGCUCUCCAAUGGCUGCAGUCACUGCUACCACAGGAGGAGGAAGAGCCGGAGCCAGAGGAGCAGGGUCCCCUGGCAGCAGCACGGCGCCUCUUCUCCCCGGCACCCCCUCCCCCUCCAGCUCCUAAGCCCCCCACUGGCGCCGCUGCCAUUGCCUCCUCUGCUGCUAAUGCUGCCGCUGCUGCUGCCGUGGUCACGGCAUCUGCUGCCGUGUCUGCAGUUGCCGGCCUUGCUCAGGUCGUCGCACCAUCGUCCUCCUCUUCAACUGCUGCUCCUGCUGCUGCUGCUGCUGCUGCUGGAACAGACGCUUCCCCUGCUGCUGCUGGGUCUGCGACUGGAGAGGCGGAGAGUGGCAGCGAGGGGGGCAUGCAGGGAAUGAGGGCGCUGGCAGGCGCUGCAGCAGACGCACUCAAGGAUGCGGUGGCGAGUGCUGCUGACAUGGUCAAGGUUGAGAGUGUUGUGGAGCCUAAGGAGGAACCUGCAAAGCCCCCUGCUGCCACACCUGUCGCAGCUGCUGUUGCUGUUGCUGCCGCUGUCACUGCUGCCGUCCCUGCUAUCUCUCCUGCAGCUGCUCCUGCCUCCGCUGCCACUCGUGCAGCUCCUGCUGCCGCUGCUGCUGCUCCCGCCGCUGCUGCUAAGGCUAGUAGCGCGAGUGUGGUAGCAGCAGUGAAAGAGGUGGUGAAGGAGAAGACUGCUGAGGAGAUUGCUCGGGAAGAGGAGGAGAAGCGCAAGCAGGAGGAGGAGAGGAAGAAGGCAGAGGAGGAGAAGAGGAUUCGUGAUGAGGCAAGGAAGAAGGAGGAGGAGGAGAAGAAGAAGCGGGAUGCAGAGGAAAGGAAGAAGCGGGAGGAGGAGCGGAAGGUGAGAGAGGCAGAGAGGAAGAAGCGGGAGGAGGAGAGGCGUGCAAGGAUUGAUGCUGAGUGGAAGGCUCGUCAGAUGGAGAGGAAGCGCAUGGAGGAGGAGGAGAAGAAGAGGCAGGAUGCGAGGAGGCUGAUGGAGAAGAGGAGGCAGGAGGAGGAGGCACUGAGGCUGGCCCAGCUGAGACAGCAGCAGGCAGAGGAGCGACGCAAGCAGGAAGAGGAGAGGCGUAAGCAGGAGGUGGAGAAGAAGAAGCAGGCAGAGGCGGCUAAGAAGGAAGCUGAGGAGAAGAAGAGGAAGGAGGAGGAGGAGAAGUGGGAGUUGGUGAGGAGGGCUCAAGAGGAGGCAAUGCUGGCAGCGAGGAAGCUGGAGGAGCAGGAGAGAAAGCUCAAGGAGAGGCUGUCGUACCCACAGCCAUCAAAGCCUGAGUCUGAGGGCGUGGUGUACGUCACAGGCAACACUACACCUGGCCGCUACUUCACUCUCAAACCCAUGGCAGAACGCAAGAAUCAGUAG